AUGACUGUUUGUAACCAGUUAGAAUAUAUUAUUAUGUUGGCAUCAACUAGUAAAAAUGACGAUAUUAGUAUCGAAAUCAAGUCCGAAGUCAAAGAAAUGAAACCUACAAAAUAUUUUGCAAUCAAUCCUGAGGGUGAAUUUGUAGUCGAAUUUGUAGUAAAAGAGAAUUUUGAAUUUGAAUUACAACUAUAUAAUGUCGACCUAGAUUAUAACUUAAAAUUAGAAAAUACUCCAGAUUUAUUUAACCAAGAAACUUCGUACAGAAAACUUUCACCUCUUCCUAAAGUAUUUAGCUUUACUAAGACAGAUCAAGAAAAUCAAGAACUGACUACAUCUCCUACUCAAUUUAGCUUUAUUGAUACAAACCUAGAAGCGAUCAAGAAUACAAAUAUAUUAAGAUGGUCUGUUUCUGUAUCAGAUAAAUCAACAAACGUAUCAGAAUUUAGAGAAUUUAGGUUAUUAGCUAUAUCUUGUAUCAGUCUUGAAGAUAUGGAUUAUUAUACGAAAGAUUCUAGUGAAAGAGAUACGACAGAAACCCAAAACAAAGGAUUUACAUUUGUUUUUAUUAUUGUUAAACUUGAAGAAAAUUAUUUAAUUAGAAAUGAUAAAAUGUUAUCACUUGAAUAUGGUGGAAUAGUCAGAUUAUUUUCUAACAAUGAUAACAAUAAAAAAAAAGGCAGUAAAAGACCUGAUGAAGGUUUCAUUAUAAUUUUAACACUUUCAGGAAUCUGCAAGUAUCAUUUGAAAAUGAGGAAUAUAUAUAUUAACAUAAAUGAUACUCAAAAAUUAAAAUAUCCAAAAAGAAUAUACAAUGCAAUCAAUAAUAAUAUAUUUUUUGAAGAUCAAGAUAGGUCUGCAUACAACCUUACAUGCGCAUAUAUUGAAAGUUGUUUAAAUAAGCAUUAUUUUUUGGUUGAUACUAUUAAAGAUGAAAUUGGAUACAUAGAACUUUAUGAUUUAAAGACAAACCAAUUAGUAAAUAUUUUUCAGAGGAAGAUUUUAAAUAAAUGGAUCUUGCUAGAUCAUCCUACCUCAUCAUAUGCAAUAUCGAACAAUAAUAAAUUAUUAGCAUAUGUGUCGUCAUCUAUCAAAGGAAUAGAAAUUUAUUCGAUCGAAUGCGGUCUUAAAAUAGCAGAUAUUGCAAAUUUAUAUACUUCAGAUAAAAAAAUAUAUAAUAAAACAGAUGAUAAAGCAGAUGAAAGAACAGAUGAGGAAACAGAUGAUGUAAAAAUAUUUAUUGAUUUUUUUCAUAAUGAUGAGAUGUUAUUUAUAUAUCUUUCAGAAGAUAAAUGGACUGUCUGGAAUAUUUUUGGCUCAUUACGAGCUUCUGUUAAAUUAGAGAAACCAGGAUUCGCAAUGAAACUUCCAUUAGUAGAAUUCGGUGACCAUUAUAAAAUAAAAAAAUCAAAUUCAUUCAUGAUCGUUAAUCAAGAUGACAAACUGGUUGUUUAUGAUGAUUAUAUCAUAGAUAAAUAUUUUAAAUGUUAUAAGGGAAAUAAUAAACAAAAUUGGAAGUCAUUAUCAAACGAAUAUCUUUUGAAGAAUGAUUUCAACAAUAAGGUUCGAGAUCUUAAUGAUAAUGAAUCAAAUUUAGAUAAAAAUUAUAAAAUACUUGAACCUUGGUUAUUAGAUUCUUGUGGAUAUUCACAAUAUUCAUUUUAUCUUGGCGAGAAAAAAAAAGGACAGAAUGAUAGACUCCUUUUAAUUGGAAACCAUACAAUUCAAGUUUGGUACAUACAAGAUAAAAAAAGAUCACUUGAAUUCAUUCAUGUGCCUUUAUCUCAUGCACGUUCUUUUGACAUGCAUAAAAUUUCUGAGAAAGAAUUAAGAGGAUGGGAACUUCAAGCGAUAAAAGUAAAUGACUUCAAUUAUUGGACCGGAAAAUUCAAGCUUAGAAUUCAAAAUAUCGAAGAUCCUCAUCAAAUUAAAAUAGAUGAAAUUAAAAUGGAAGAUGAUGAGGAUUUUUUGAAUGUGCCAAUAUAUGCCUGUUAUGCAUUUAAAUAUUUAUCUGCUUACAAAAAGGUUGAAUGGCACCUUAGUAAGGAUAGAAAAUUAAAAUUCAGUAGAAUUCUCAAUCAUACGCGAAGAAUAAUAUUGAGAUUUGUUAGAUUGCAUCCAACUACUUGGCGAUUAUUAGAUGUUCGCCAUGAUUUAAUGAAUGUUCUUAUUGAAACUAGGGAUUACGAACUUGUGAAUGACAUUUUAUCUUAUGGAAAAUCGACUCAUAUACCUCAACAUCUUCCAUGGUCUGGCAAAAAAAAUCCUAUUCAUACUGCAUUAUCGGAUCCUACUAUGCUUGCACUUUUUUUAGAAUAUUAUUCUAAUAACGCAACCAAUAAUAUUGGAUGGAUGAAUACAGUUGUAGGCAUCAUACCAGAAUUAUAUUCGAAUAAAGAAAUGAAUAAAAAAGAGGAUGGUAAUAUUUAUUGUAUUAGAAUGAAAUUAAUUUGCAAGCAAUUGGAUUUAUUCUCUUUUGAAUAUAUUGAAAUUCCACCAGAGUUAGAUGGUUUGUUAAAAGUUUAUGUACCUAUAACACAGUUAAUUCCACAAGAUUCCAAGUUGAGUCUAAAAGAGAUCGCUUCUGAUAAAGCUGGUGAUAUUCGAGUGGUACCUUUACCAAAUUUUACAACUACUGAAAGAAUGCUGUCAGAUGUGAGAAGAAUAAAUCGUACAAUAAUUCAAAAGUUAAUAGUUCUUCCUAAAUAUUUAUAUUUUAAAGAUGAAGAUUACAGUCCUUUUAUUAGAAUAAUAAAAAAAGUUGAUCUGGAUAUUUUAUGUGAAAACCCAUCAUUGGGGGCUGUCAUUAAUUGGAUGUGGUAUUCUUCUAAGUCCUAUUGGUCUAGAACUUUGUAUUCUUUUAUUUUGUACUUUUUAAUUUAUUCAAUUAUUUCUUGGGCGUAUAUUGCUCAUCUUCAAAUAACUGGAGCACUUCAGCAUUUCCCAAUAAUGACAAUAAUUGUAUUAUUUUAUUAUUUAUCAUAUAAUCAUAUUGCAAUUGAAUUGAGCCAACUUUAUCACAAUAAGAAAUAUUUUUCAGAUCUUUUUAAUUUAGUAGAUCUUUCAUCACUUAUUAUUCCGAUAUGUAUCUUUAGUUAUAUUUUGAUUAAUUAUUAUACAUUUGACAGCGGAUUUAAAAAUGCUGAAAGCAGUGAAACAACCGAAGAUGGACCAUUUUCAAAUAUUGUUAGUGCCAUACUUGCAGUAUAUGAUUGGUCAUCAAUAUCAUUAGAUGCAUGGAAUUUUUGGCCACUUACAUUAAUUAGUGUAAUUGGAAAUGCAGUCAAAAAUAGUAGAAGAAUAUACGGUUAUCAAAUUGAUUUUAUUUAUGAUUUUGCACUUCUUGAUAGAUCGUUAGAAUUUAAUGAAUUAGAUUCUAAGUUUACGGAUAAAUUAAAUAUAAAAUACAUUUGUUUUAAUGAUGAUCCGUCCAUUACGGAUUCAUGGAAAGAGAAAUCAGAACAAGAGAAAUCAAAGCCAUAUCCGAAUUUUCCAAAAUUACAUAGGAGUGGAAUUGAAUCUUGGCUAACUGAAAGUUGUUUAUUUAUUUGGGAAAGAAAGGAAGAAACAUUAGAUAUUAAAUUUUGGUUCGAUUAA